AUGGACGACAGCGUCAAGCAACACUAUCUGGCCGACUCGCCGCCCACUGUGGUCAAGCUGGAAAUCAAGUCGCACUGGGAUACGCUGAAGGACGACAGCCUGAAGCGAUAUGCCCACCACAUGAGCCGAGCUGCAUUCGAAGGCACUCGAGUCACUUUGCGCCAGGUUUCCCCCGAGUCCGAACCCAUCUACGACUUCAUCCUUGCCCUGCACCGCGCCGCCAAUGGCGACUGGAAUGGGCUUGCGAAGAAGACCUCCGUCAGCGACGAACACCUCCGUUUCUUCCUCGAAUAUGCCGCUCAGUUCCUUGGUAACUGCGGUAACUACAAGGGCUUCGGCGAUUCCAAGUUCAUUCCCCGUUUGCCUGCGGAGGCCCUGGAGGCCCUGGCCUCUGCCACGCUGGAGACCAAGGCUGCGUACCAGAAGGCGAGCACCACUGGUGGUGGCAUCUACGAGACCAGCGAGCAGUCAUUAAUGCACUUGGGAUAUCCAGCCAGCGGCCACAUGACAACCUACUACCCCGACUCGCCCUCCAUUACCAAGGAUGAAAUUACUGCUGUUGGAGAUCUGAUGGAGAAGAAGAGUCUCGCAUUGGAGAACACAAGACUACGCAAGACUGCUUCGGGUGACUUUGAACUCUUGAUUGCUUCUGGUGUCUCUAAUCCACCCGCGCGGGAUCGUGAUCUGGGUAAAUUGGAUACUUUUGAGCUAGAAGGUUCGCUGAAGGGCAAGACUCUGCGUCUAGUCUUUGGUGACUACAAGGAAGAGAUGGCCAAGGUGUCCCACAGCAUCAAGAAGGCCGAACUCAAUGCGGCUAACGAUAACCAAAAGCGUAUGUUGGAUGCUUAUGCUCUCUCCUUUGGCGCUGGCUCCAUUGAAUCUUUCAAGGAGAGUCAGCGUGUCUGGGUGAAGGACCAGAAGCCGGUUCUGGAGACCAACCUGGGCUUUGUGGAGACCUACAGAGACCCCCACGGUGUGCGUGGAGAGUGGGAGGGUUUCGUUGCCUUGGUCAACCUGGAACGCACCCGCGCAUUCGGCACUUUGGUGGACAGUGCCGAGAGCAUGAUCCCGAAGCUACCCUGGAGCCAGGACUUUGAGAAGGACAAGUUCCUGAGUCCCGAUUUCACUUCGCUAGAGGUUCUGAGCUUCGCUUGCUCUGGUCUCCCCGCUGGCAUCAACCUGCCCAAUUACGAUGACAUCCGUCAGAACCUGGGCUUCAAGAACGUGUCCUUGGGUAACGUCCUCAGUGCAAAGGCACCCAACGAGCCGAUACCCUUCAUUUCGGAGAAGGAUCACGAAGUGUACCGUCGCUGCCGUGAUCCCGCCUUCGAGGUGCAGGUCGGUAUUCACGAGCUGCUCGGUCACGGUACUGGUAAGCUCCUGCAGGAGACUGCUCCUGGCGAGUACAACUUCGAUAUUUCCAACCCUCCCAUUAGCCCUGUGACCAACAAGCCCGUCACCACCUGGUACAAGCCCGGUCAGACCUGGAGCUCCGUCUUCGGUGCCAUUGCCUCGUCCUACGAGGAGUGCCGUGCCGAGUGUGUUGCCAUGGCUCUGGGCUGUGACUUCAGCAUCCUGAAAAUUUUCGGUUUCGGCGAUGGCACCGAGAACAUGGACGGCGAGGCUGGAGACGUUCUCUUCACGGCCUACCUCCAGAUGGCUCGUGCUGGUCUUGUUGCUGUCGAAUUCUGGGAUCCCAAGACCCAGAAAUGGGGCCAGGCUCACAUGCAGGCUCGUUACAGUAUCCUGCGCACCUUCCUUGAUGCUGGCGAUGACUUUGUCAAGCUGCAUUACACCAAGGACGACUUGUCCGACCUUGAGAUCCACCUGGAUCGAUCCAAAAUCCUCUCCCACGGACGCCCUGCUGUCGAGAAGUACCUGCAGAAGCUGCAUGUCUACAAGAGCACGGCUGAUGUCGAGGCUGGUAAGGCCAUGUACGAUGAUAUUACCUCGGUGGAUAGCUGGUGGGCAUCUCAGGUCCGUGAGGUCGUUCUGGCGAACAAGGUUCCUCGCAAGGUCUUUGUGCAGGCCAACACUGUCUUGGAGGGCGACAAGGUGACUCUCAAGGAGUAUGAGCCCACCCUAGAGGGUAUGAUCCAAAGCUUCGCCGAGCGCAAUGUCUAA